CCCCCCCGCCUGCUUAAGUAACCUAACCUUGUAGGCUAGCUUUUUAAUAGUAUCUAUCAGUUAGGCACAGCAAAUGCAAACAUCAUCAGUGAUUUUGGGUGCAAAGCCACUGCCUCUUUGGUCUCCAAUCGUAAUAUUAAAAUCCCUAUAUACACCCAAGACCACUACCACCACUUUCUCCUUUAACGAUUCUUAUUCCGGCGGCGUUUCAAUGGCAGCGGCUCCACCUGCUACGGCUACUGCUCCUAAAUGGGCCCAGAAAACCAUAACUCUACCUCCCCAUAAGCGAGGUUGUCACCUUAUCACCCCCAAGAUCUUGAAGGAAAUUGGGCAAGACUUGUCAGGAUUCAAGUGUGGCCUUGCGCAUCUUUUCCUGCAACAUACUAGUGCUUCUCUGACCAUAAACGAAAAUUAUGACUCAGACGUUCGAGAUGAUACCGAGACAUUCCUUAACCGUGUAGUUCCAGAGGGGAGUGCUGCACCGUGGAAGCAUACACUAGAAGGUCCAGAUGAUAUGCCAGCACACAUCAAAUCAUCAAUGUUUGGCUGCACACUCACGAUUCCAAUUACGAAUGGCCAGCUUAACAUGGGAACUUGGCAGGGCAUAUGGCUGUGUGAGCAUCGAGAUAAUCCUACUGCACGCAGAGUUGUGGUUACUCUUAACGGAAUUUGAGGAGCUAAUGUUAAAGGAUGUGAUUGUCAAAUACUCUUUUCUUGUAUUUUGUUCAAAAACAAGUUGUUUGUUCGUGGUUUUAUGUGAAAUUUACUAAUAGGAUGUGGAGUUGGAUGUUUGUUCA